AUGAAUUUCCGCAACCUUUUUGUCUCCAUUUUCCUGGUCUUCGCCGUCGGCUUCGCUCUGGUCCAAGCCGAGGGUGCCAAGGAACCCUGGGGCCCUAGAAUCACUAGCAAGGUCUACUUCGAUAUCCAGCAUGGCGAUGAGCCACUUGGCCGUAUCGUAAUCGGUCUUUACGGAAAGACCGUCCCUGAGACUGCGGAGAACUUCCGUGCCCUGGCUACCGGCGAGAAGGGAUUCGGCUACGAGGGGUCUAUCUUCCACCGCGUCAUCAAGGACUUCAUGAUCCAGGGUGGUGAUUUUACUAACUUCGAUGGCACUGGCGGAAAGUCUAUCUAUGGCAACAAGUUCAAGGAUGAGAACUUCAAGCUGCGCCACACCCGUCCCGGCCUUCUGAGCAUGGCCAACGCUGGCAAGGACACCAACGGCUCUCAGUUCUUCAUUACUACCGUCGUCACUUCUUGGCUCGAUGGCCGCCACGUCGUCUUCGGUGAGGUUCUCGAGGGCUACGACAUUGUCGACAAGAUCCAAAACGUCCCCAAGGGCUCCGGCGACAAACCCCUCCAGCCAGUCAAGAUUGCUAAGAGCGGAGAGCUCGAGCUUGACAAGAGCACUGAGGAACAAGCCAUCCUCCCCGAGGACUCAACCUCCAGUUUCUCGCUCCAACCUGUGCUUGUCUUCCUGGUACUGGUUGCUAUUGUUGGAUUCUACGUUCGUAGCCGCCGCAACAAGGGGCAGAAUGCUGAUGAUGACUACAAGGACUAUCUGUAG